UCCUUCCAAAUAGAGGGGUUGAACUAAUUUUUCUGCAUGAGUUUGUCUGCUGCUGCCUCCGCAGCUGUAUGUCAUUGGCUCCUCAAUAAUCAAAAUGAAAUGCUUAUUAAAUCUGCUUGCUUUUAUUCACAGAAAGAUGAGCCAGAUGCUUUUAAGGAAUUGGGAACAGGCAACAGAAUUGCUACGUGGUUGUUUUAUAUGAGCGACGUGUCAGCAGGGGGAGCUACCGUCUUUCCUGAAGUAGGAGCCAGCGUUUGGCCUAAAAAGGGAACAGCUGUAUUCUGGUACAAUCUCUUCCCGAGCGGAGAAGGCGAUUACAGCACGCGGCAUGCAGCCUGCCCAGUACUAGUUGGAAACAAAUGGGUAUCCAAUAAAUGGCUCCACGAGCGGGGACAGGAAUUCCGAAGGCCGUGCACUUUAUCAGAGUUGGAAUGAUGCAGACUCGUCCUUUGUCUCCUCUGUAUUCAGUCUGUGUAAAAUGCACACGUCUCCUACAGUUUACAGUUGACUAACACUCCACUACAGGUUCAGUCUUCAGCUACACCGGUGUUUCAUCUGUGGACAAAACAAACAUGCUUUUAGUUCCCUUAAAAUAUCCCCUUAAGGUUUUAUGAACAGAAUAUAUUAGGUCUAUGAGUGUUACCCCCCCCCCCAAAAAAAAAAAAAAAAAGGACAAAAUACAGAUGAGGGCCACAACGAACAGUGGUGUUGUGUGUGGUGUUCCCUUCACCAUCGCCCCGCUGACCGGCCUGGCAAGCCAGUGAUUGUUCGCUGAGUCCUCCUCGCAACCGCCCGUCUGCUAAGGGCGGGGUGAUGUCCUGGAGGGCUCCCUUCUGAGGAAGGCCGAAUUAAACCAGU